GAGAACGGAAAUUGGCCUGCCAUCUGCACCAUUUGCAACAAGUUCCUGGAAGAUGCGGAUCUGACUGCCGCGCUUUUGCCGAAUACCAUUGCUGCUGUGAAAGACCUGGUUCAGAAGAAGAUCAAUCAGGUGGAGACUGCGAAGAACUGCAAGCCUUUGAAAGUGAAGCGCGCAACCAGUGCUGAUCCUGCUCAACAUGCGGAGAAGAAGAUCAAGCAGGAAGUGAAGAUUGAAGGGACGGAGUGCAAGGCAGAAGCUACGGAGCAAAAGGUGGAGCAGCUUGAAGAGAGGAUGUGCAAGGCUGAACUGAUAUCUUACCACAACCUGCAGGUUGUGGAGAAGAUACCCGAUCUAGUGGGUGAGUUCGGUGAGAAGAGUGAGGGGACGAAGAAGGCGAUCACCUACCCGAUCUUCUGCAAGUGGUGCAACAAAACUUUCUCUGGCAGAAACAGGGCAAAAAUUGUCCAGCACACCAGUGGGCAGGAACACCGACGGCGAUGGAGAAGCAAGGAAGCUGUGGGGGAAGUCAAGGCUGUGGAUGAGGACGUGAAGGAGGAAAAAGCUGAAGACUCUGCAGACCCACUUCCCCUUGGAAAGUGCUUGGGAUUACGCCUCCAAAGCCACAUUGGGCGUAAAACCCGCUUGGGCAGCGAUUUGUUUCCGGUGUGGAAGGCAUACACCCAGUAUGCGAAUCUAGACAAAUCGCUGAGGACCGACACCAUCGACUGCGUCACCAAGAUCGCCACCCACAGUGUGAAGAGCCUUUGCGACACUGGCGACUGGAUUCUGACAGCUACAACAUGCAUUGGCUCUGGACCAGUCUUCACCACGGAAGAUGGUGAUGUGACCUGCCGCCAGUGUUUUGAGCUUGGCAGCAAGCCUCGCUUCCUGUCCAAAGUGACCGGCCUGAUCUUGAACAUGGACAUGGGGGAACUGCUUCACCACCGCAUGUUCAGAGAUGGUGAGGUGGAGAGUUUCAUGGCCAAACUCAGGCAAUCUGUGUGCUAUCUGCGAAGGCACAAGACUCUGUACGAAGAGUUUAUGGAGUACCCCGUGCAAAAGCUGCACUACAAAGUCCGGUGCUUUUGGACUGGACGGGCAGCUGUUCCUGAAUGUGGCACAGCGGCUUUGCAUCUGUGGACAGCUCAGGUGAUCAAGCCUUGUUUGGAUUGCGAACCUGGCCACUCCAUCAAGCACCUGUACCUGAAGCAACUGGUCCAGUACAUGCACCGCGACCCCACGGUGAAUUCCUAUGAGGUGGACCUUGUCAGAUCCGUGAUUUGUGGCAGCUUCAGUAGACAUCCCAUCCUUCAGGGAGUGCUGGUUGCUUGUAUGAGCAAAAUCAGAGGCGAAGAGCAAGGUACCACGACGAUGCGAAACCCGCACCGCUCCUUGUCCAUUGUUGGUAGUGAGGAAGAGCGGCGUUUGCUCAUUCAGACUGGCACAGAAAUGGCGUGCCAUGGUUCGAACCAUGCAGCCCUUGAGUUUUUUGGUUUACAAUGGAUGACCAGAAAUGAUUGGCGGGGGUGCCUGCAGUUUGAAGGGUUUCCAUUGUUUACGGCACCCAGUGUGGCUGAGAUGAGAGAGGGAAAUCACCUGAUUUCAUCAACUUUCCUCCCACGCAAGCCAACUUGUGCCCAACGGCGCCUUGCCCUUUGCUUUGAUCAAACUUAUUUACAGGCUUGUUCACAGUUGUGUACUACCAGCAAAGGCCACGUCUUGCUGGGUGGCCCGCACCGCUGUGCAGAUUUUGAUUUACCUGACGAGUCGCAAAAGGUGCUCAAAGACCGGGCUGGACACGUGAUACCGCAGAAGGUGGACAAAGAUCGCACCAAAGCAACAGAUAUCGAAUCUGUUGUUCUCUGGGACCCCACAAGGUGCAAAAGUGGCAUCUUCGAAAUUGGUGCUUUUCCGGUCACCGCCCAGGCAGACAGGCAUGGAUUUUUUGAGGCUCGUGCAAGUGCACCAUCCAAGCAGCGCGGACAGUGGGAGGUACUCCACAGGAUUGGUGGAGUGCUGGAGGCAGCUGACUCUGUUCGGUUUAUACUAGCCGACAAGCACGGAAGUCACAACUGGCUUGCAAGCUGGUUGCUGGGGCGCACCAUCGACCUUCCCCAGGAGUUGAUGGACUUGGUCCCGUUCUUCAAGACACUCCGCUUUGAAGACCUACCUGAGUGCCGAUUUGUGGUCAAGUACAGGAUUGCCCUGCAGGGGUCUAGCCCUGUCCAUUUUGUACCUGGGCCAGCUCAUGCUCAGAAAAAUUGGACGGAACAACUGAGAUCUUCAUUGUCCACACCAACAUUCGGACUCUUGUGGUCAGACUGGUCAGGAGCCCUGGAACUAGGGCUCUACCCUGUGGCGUUCCAGGGCACUGACACGAUGUCAGAUCGUCAGUCUGGUCUUUGGCUGUCACCUGCGAACUUCGUGUUAAACCCAGGAGCGCAGGAGGUGGAGAUACCAUGGAUGCUUCAGGGUGCUAUGGUUUUUUCUCUCAUCGGUGCCCACUGCCAAGCAGCGGUUCUGCACUCCCAGUCAGACCCGCUGUGGAGACUGGAAACGGCUAUGGUAGGACUACUUCUGUUGGAUUUCGGUGAGAUGAUGGCCGAACACUUUGCCAAAGGCAAAGGCACCAAAAAGAGAGAACGAUGGGUAGAUCCGGUGACAGCCGGCACAUUGCGUGACAUGUGCGGUGCAGUGAUUUGCAUCCUGUGGGCUUCUGAUGAGUCAACGCCUCUGGUGUGGCAACAGCUGACUGAACGCAAAAUCGAAUGCAGAUUCGGAAGGAUCAGGAGCUGUUUCCAAAACGCUCAAAUGAGUGUAGGUGAUUUUUGGCGAGCCAGUUUGCAGCUUAUGCGCAAGGACCUGGACUUGGAAUUGCCACCACAGGAAGACUGCAAGCACAUCAAGUUGACUGAGAAGCAGUUUCAGUCCACGACAAGCAGUGCAUUCAGUGCAGCCCGCAAGUUCGCAUCCCUAUGCUCUGGCUUGACUGACUCCGAACUCACCGCUAUGUUCAAGAUGAGAACUCCCGACGAUGGUGGUUUGGAUGAGCUAAGCCAGACCUUUGCAGGCAGGGCACCCUGGGAGUUGAAGAAGACACAGGGAAGCAGGCUGUGGCCACCAUUGAAAGAAUCCGAGCAUCUGAGGCAUUCAUUGAUGCCACAGAAAAUCCUGAAGGACAAAACCCCAACUGGCAUGAGAACCUGGCAGAAGAGUGCGAAGAUGACAAGGAGGUGGCAGAAGCCACGAAGGCUGUGCUGA